UUCCCUGUGCCUCGGGUCCAGCAGGGAGGAAUCUCUGUGUGCAGCCUGGGCAGGGACCCCCCUAAAGUAAGCAGAAAAGGGGGGGUGCCCAGAGAUCCGGUGGGGGGGUCAGCCUGCCAUGGGUCCCAGCUCACCCCAGACCUGCCCACUGCCACCCUGCCAAGGUGCAUGUAGGGUCCCAGGGGGGUGAGAGUGGCACUUGCACCAGUCUUAUGUGGGAUCAUAGCGGGGUGCCCAAAACGAGCCACGGGCUGGGACGGGAUGCUGUCACUCCGAUGGACGUGAAGCCGGAAGAAUGAAGUAACCGUGAUGGAGCCGGUAUCAGCCCCGGGCUCCAGACUCAGAGCAGCCGCGUCUAGGGGGAGAUCGCUCUUUGUUUGGAUAAUUCUAUAUAUUUCCUGUUGCCUGGAUAUUUCUCAGGGAGCAGCUGAAGAUGUGGACGUUCUUCAGAAGCUGGGCCUCAUGCGAAGCAAGCCAUCCAGCCGCCCAGUUCCCGAAGGGGUCAUACCAUUUAAGUCGGGAGUCAUUUUGACGCAGAGAGCACGUGCAGAAGCUCCCGUUCAUGCCAUCAUCCCGCCUAGCUUAGGAACGGAUCUCACUUUGGUGCUGAGCCUGUGCUCUCACCGCAUUAACAAUGCAUUCUUAUUCGCAGUCCGAAGCAAAAAGAAAAAACUUGAGCUCGGGUUGCAGUUCAUCCCGGGUAAAAUUAUAGUUUAUGUGGGUCACAAGCAGUCUGUAUAUUUUGAUUACAAUGUCCACGAUGGCCAGUGGCACAAUAUGGCCGUUGAUAUUCAAGGCCAAAAGGUGACUCUGUAUACUUCUUGUGGGAAGCAAAGUAUAAAUGCCAGUUUGCAUAUAAAGAAAGAUGACACAUUGGAUUCUGAUGGGGUUUUCAUGCUGGGAAAGUUUAGCCAGCAAACAAUACAAUUUGAAGGUGCUAUUUGCCAGUUUGAUAUUUAUCCUCCAGCGAAGGCAGCUCAUAAUUACUGUAAAUAUCUUAAGAAGCAGUGCAGGCAAGUGGAUACCUACCGGCCGAAUCUGCCACCUCUGAUUCCACUGAUGCCCCUAGAAGCCAGGUUGUCUCUAAGCACGGAGAUCAUUUUAAAAUCUCUAGGCAACUUUACCACAGCUUCCCCUCAGUCAGUCAAAACAAACUUAACAACCAACAGCAAGGUCAGGACUCCUUCUGUAAAGUUGACUACCAAAGCUCCGGCCUUGUCGUCUGUGACAUCUCCAGCCCCUCACAGAAUUCAUACUCAGCUCUUAUCAAGUGUCUCCACCAGGACCUCCACUGUCGCGCUCAGGAUAUCUCCAGCCUCUGCUGUUUUACUGGGACAGCCUCCGCCAGCCAUCACCAAACACAGCGCCCUUCCCAGCCAGAACAGCACAAAGAAGCCCCAGCAAGAAAAAGUGACCAAGAAAGUUGUCUACCAAAAAACAACCAUUAAGCCUCUAGCAAGUUCUUCUUCUUCCAAGCAGGUCAAGAAGAGCACGGGAAGCCCAAGGAGUACAAACACCACCACUCCAAAGCAAGCAGUCGAGAAAAGGACUAGUGCUCCAUCCCAGAAGAAUCAAACUUCCAUGAACCUCAAUGUCCAGCCAACCACAUCCUCACUCCUCUAUACCAAACCUGCCUCCGGGACCAUUUACUCAUCUACAUCAACCAUUACCAGCCUGCCAUUUACUCACGAUUACCUGUGGCUUGACCCAACUGCUUUUCCGUAUUUGAUGGGACCUCCUGGACCUAAGGGAGAUGAAGGUGCCCCCGGCCCGCCUGGUCCUGCAGGACUUCCUGGGCCACCUGGAAAAAGAGGUCCUCGGGGUCCCCUUGGCCCCCAUGGAAAUCCCGGCCCACCUGGAUAUUCUGGAUCAAAGGGUCAAAAGGGUGAUCCUGGCAUCUCUCCAGGAAAAGCUCUAAAUGGAUUAAAGGGAGAUCCUGGUUUGGCUGGUCUGACAGGCCUUCCUGGGCCUCUGGGUCGAAAGGGACAAAAGGGUUAUCCUGGACCCCAAGGUCAUCCUGGUGAACCGGGAGAGCGUGGACCGGAUGGAAGCCCAGGGGCCAAAGGUUAUCCUGGCAGGCAGGGAUUACCGGGACCAGUAGGAGCUUUGGGACUGAAGGGAACUCGGGGCUAUAUUGGCCCUCCGGGAUUGUUUGGCCUGCCUGGAGCCGAUGGAGAACGAGGUUUGCCUGGAGUUCCCGGGAAGAGGGGCACGAUGGGUAGGCCGGGAUUCCCUGGUGAUUUUGGAGAGAGGGGUCCUCCAGGACUUGAUGGAAACCCUGGUGAACUGGGUCCCCCAGGUCCUCCCGGAGUCCCUGGAUUCAUUGGUGACAUGGGCACCAUUGGAGUUAUAGGCUUCAUGGGACCUAAAGGUUUGAAGGGAGUGCCGGGGAACCCAGGAGAAUCUGGACUGAAAGGUGAUAAGGGCAUUCAGGGACUCCCAGGGAUACCCGGUGAAGUCGGAUUUCAAGGUGAUAAGGGCAGCCAGGGUCUUCCAGGCCCACCAGGACCACGUGGGAAGACAGGACCAGUGGGUAAACCAGGGGAUAAAGGUUUGGUUGGCUUACCAGGUCCGCCAGGUCCAGAGGGUUUUCCAGGUGACAUUGGGCCACCAGGACAAAACGGGCCAGAAGGCUUGAAGGGAAAGCCAGGAGCCAGAGGAUUCCCAGGGCCCAGAGGACAACCUGGGCUUGACGGAGAUGAGGGACCAAUUGGGCCACCAGGUUUUCCUGGCCCGGAGGGAUAUCCAGGCCGAAAGGGAUUCCCCGGUAUUCCUGGAGCAGAAGGAUCAAAGGGUGAGCCAGGAAACACAGGAAGAGCUGGGAAGAUCGGCGAACAGGGUGCUCCAGGAUUUAUUGGUCCUGUGGGGGAGCCAGGAAUUCCGGGUGAGAAGGGUGACCGUGGCAGCAUUGGGGCUCCAGGUCCACCAGGAGAAAAGGGAUCAAUGGGUCAUACUGGCAAUCCAGGGCCUCGGGGUCCUCCAGGUCCUCCUGGGCCUCCGGGUUUGCCUGGGUCACGCGGGUCUCCAGGUGUACGGGGUCCAAAAGGCCGAAGGGGUGCCAGAGGCCCUGAUGGACCAACAGGAGGACCUGGGCUCCCAGGUACCAAGGGACCUCAUGGAGUACAGGGCAAAGAAGGACUGGUUGGUCAACAGGGCAAAAUGGGAGAAAGAGGAACUGUUGGCCCACGUGGCUUUCCAGGAAUUCCAGGACCAUCUGGCCCAUCUGGGGAAAAAGGAAUUCCAGGGAACCCAGGGCCAUCUGGACCUCAAGGACCUGUUGGGGCAAUGGGAGAAAUUGGACAUAAGGGACCUCCCGGGGCAAAGGGAGAACCAGGACCACCAGGUGAACCAGGGAUGAAGGGAGAUAUCGGACCAUUGGGGAUUCCGGGAGAACAAGGACUGAUAGGCCAGAGGGGUGAAAUCGGCCUGGAGGGGGACAGUGGUAUGAUGGGCCCAGAUGGACUAAAGGGGGAAAAGGGUGAACCAGGACCAGAAGGGGAGAAAGGAGAAAGGGGUGCAGUUGGUUUGGUCGGAAAAGAUGGUCCCCCAGGUCUCAGUGGUCUCCCGGGUGUGAGAGGAAUGGAAGGAAAACCAGGAAAACAAGGAGAGAAGGGCAAACCAGGACGUAAGGGAAACAAAGGUUUUCAAGGACACCUUGGGGAGACGGGUUCUCCAGGCAAACCAGGACCUACAGGAAAUCAAGGACCAAAGGGAAGCAGGGGAACUCUUGGACCAGUGGGAUCUCCGGGCAGGAUGGGGGCACAGGGAGAACCAGGAAUACCCGGCUAUCAGGGACACACAGGCCCCACAGGACCCAUCGGGCCUCCCGGUGUAAAAGGCGAAAAGGGAGAACAGGGGGAGGAUGGCAAAAUGGAAGGUGCACCCGGUCCCCCUGGAGAUAGAGGUCCUGUUGGUGAUCGUGGAGACAGAGGGGAGUCGGGAGAUCCUGGAUAUCCUGGCCAAGAAGGACCUGAGGGCCCCAGAGGAAAACCAGGGCAACAAGGUUUACCGGGGCAUGCUGGAUCAGCAGGUUUUCAGGGCUUAAAAGGAUCCAAAGGCGCUGUGGGAAUGAAGGGCAAGCAAGGAAAACCAGGGGAAACCGGAGCUCGAGGGCCGCUGGGAGCUGCAGGAGUCACUGGUCCUAGAGGAGUGGUAGGAAGACAAGGCCAAGAGGGUCCUCCUGGACCAGAUGGAAUACCAGGAAAAGAUGGCAGCAUGGGGAUGCAGGGAGAACAAGGAGAUGAUGGGGAAAUUGGCUCUGAUGGCAUGUCUGGAAAGCGAGGAAACACUGGGGUGCCUGGUUUACACGGGGCUCAGGGACCCAUAGGACUCAGGGGAGAAAGGGGAUUACCCGGAGAAGUUGGGGUGCCUGGAAAACGUGGUAAUGAAGGCAUCAUGGGACUUCCAGGAGCCAAGGGAGAGCCAGGAACAAAAGGCAAACCUGGGGACCCUGGAGAGACUGGAUUCCCUGGCAUAGCUGGCCUGUUUGGACCAAAGGGACCUCCGGGUGACAUUGGAUAUAAGGGCAUUCAGGGACCGAAAGGACCUCCUGGCUUGAUGGGUAAUGAGGGAGUCAUAGGACCAAUGGGGAUUGUAGGACCCACAGGAAACCCAGGGCCCAUUGGAGACAGGGGAACACAAGGCGACAUGGGACUACCUGGUCCUAGGGGCCCUACUGGUCCUCGCGGCAAGCCUGGACCACCUGGACCACCAGUGUUUCUGGAAUCAUUUAGGACAGAAGACAUUAGUGAAAAUUACCAAGCCCUUAUGGACUCCAAUGGACCGUCCUAUCGGAGUACUGAGUUCAUCCUGGUGGACCAUGGAGGAGAGAUGUUCAAGACCCUACACUACCUCAGUAGCCUCAUUCAAAGUAUAAAGAACCCGCUGGGCACAAGAGACAAUCCUGCCCGUGUUUGCCGUGAUCUGAUGAAUUGCCAACAAAAAAUGGGAGAUGGCACUUACUGGAUUGACCCUAAUGUUGGCUGUUCCUCUGACACAAUUGAGGUCACCUGUAACUUCACACAAGGUGGUCAGACAUGUCUGAGAUCUCUAACUACAUCCAAGUUGGUUUUUGACAUUGGUCGAGUUCAGAUGAAUUUUCUUCACCUCCUGAGUUCAGAAGCAGUACAGCACAUAACUCUCCACUGCCUCAAUGUUCCUGUGUGGGGAAUAUCCUCUGACAAAGUCUCCCAGAAACCCUUGCGCUUCAAGGCUUGGAACGGACAGAUAUUUGAGGCAGGAGGCCAGUAUCAGCCAGAGGUCACACUGGAUGAUUGCAGGUUACAAGACGGGCAUUGGCAUCAAACCAUAUUCACGUUUCGGACACAGGACCCAACUCAGUUACCAAUCGUUGACGUGUUAAACCUCCCUUCAUCCAAGCCUGGGAAGAACCUUCAUUUAGAAGUGGGGAGUGUCUGCUUCUUGUGAACUCUUAUUCUGGUUCCUGCAUCCACCUGACCUCUGGAACCACCAAUCUUGAACCCUAAGUGACCUGUUAUCCAGAAUGGAUGAAGGCUGCGGAAUGACUCUCAAAUAAUAGUAGAGCUAAUCCUGUUAUCCUGAAUCCCAAUCCACUGUGCCACAGAAGAACUUAGACUUGGGGGUUCCCAUCAUGCCCCACCCCCCCUAAUCAAUCAAAUCUUUGGGGACAGGAAACAGAAUAAUCAAUCUCCAGACUAGCUAACACCCACAGGAAAAGUGUGUUAGCC